GGGGCGGACGAGCGGCGGCGGCGACAAGAUGGCGGCGGCGGGUGGCGGGUGGGCCGCGGCGUGCGAGAAGUUCCGCAGCGCCAGGACGCUGUCGGCCGUGGAGUCGCGCAAGGACCCGGAGACGGAGCCCUACCGUUCCAAGUACAGCGCCCGCGCGUUGCUGCAGGAGGUGAAGCAGCAGCUGAGUGCCGCCGAGGAUUGCGGCGAGGCGCGGCUGCUGGCCGUGCGGCGGGCCGUGCUGGAGUACGAGCUGGGCGUCAACCACACCGACACCGAGGAGCUGUCGGCCGGCGAGGAGCACCUGCAGCGCUGCACGCAGCUGCUCGAGCCGCACCGCCUGUCCCGGGACUGCGUCUCCCUCUACAUCCAGGCCCAGAACAAUCUAGGUAUCCUGUGGUCCGAAAGGGAUGAAAUUAAAACUGCACAGACUUACUUGGAAUCUGCAGAAGCCUUGUAUAAUCAGUACAUGAAAGAGGAUGGAAAUCCUCCCCUGGAUCCCAGUGAACAUUUCAUGGCAGAGGAAGAAAAGCUCACAGACCAAGAAAGAUCAAAAAGGUUUGAAAAAGCCUAUACACAUACGCUGUAUUAUCUGGCACAAGUCUACCAGCACCUGGAGAUGAUUGAGAAGGCUGCUCAGUAUUGCCAUACUACUCUUAAACGACAGCUUGAGUACUGCGGCUACUACCCGGUGGAAUGGGCACUCAAUGCUGCUACGUUGUCACAGUACUAUCUCUCUAAGCAAUGCUUUAUGGAGUCCCGACACUGUUUAGCAGCAGCCAGUGUUAUCUUCAGCCAGGCUGGACAGGUGCCAUCUACUGAAGACAAUGAAACAGAGCAAGACCAGCAGGACCUUAGACAGAGAAAAGCUGAAAUUGCAAGGUGCUGGAUUAAGUAUUGCUUGAAUCUUCUGCAGAGUGCUCGGAAAUUACUUGAGGAUAACAUAGGAGAGCUGGAUCCAGACAGGCAAUUGGAACUUAAAGCCCAAAGGAAGAAAGAGGAGGAUGAAAAAGAGAAUGGCAGGAAGAAGGCUGUGCUUUUUGGGACGAGUGAUAUAUGUGACUCUGUGUUAGCCAUGGAAGAAAAAGUGAGCAGCGUAUAUCCUCUAGAUUUUCAGGAAGCCAGAGAAAUCUUCCUAGUGGGUCAGAACUAUGUUCAGGAGGCAAAGGAGUUUUUUCAGGUUGAUGGUUAUGUUACUGACCACAUUGAAAUUGUUCAGGAUCACAGUGCUUUGUUUAAAGUACUUGCUUUCUUUGAAGAAGACUAUGAGAGACGUUGCAAAAUGCACAAGCGUAGGAUAGACAUGUUGGAGCCUAUAUAUGCAGACUUGAACCCACAGUACUACCUGUUGAUUAGUAGGCAGCUUCAGUUUGAACUAGCAGAUACCUAUUAUGAGAUGAUGGAUUUGAAGGUAGCUAUUGGUAACAGGUUAGAAGAGUUAGACUCGCACACAAUAAAAAAAAUUAACUCUCUGGCCCAGUUAGCCAUCAAAUAUUACGAACUCUUCUUAGAUUCAUUGAGGAACCCAGAUAAGGUGUUUCCUGAGGAGCUCGAGGAAGACGUUCUUCGCCCUGCAAUGGUGGCUAAAUUUCAUAUUGCACGACUGUAUGGUAAACUUAUUACUUCAGAUAGCAAAAAGCAGCUGGAAAAUAUGCAGACGUCGUUAGAAUAUUACACGUUUCUGGUAGACUAUUGUGAGAAGCACCCAGAUGCUGUCCGUGCUGUUGAAACUGAGCUAGAACUCAGUAAGGAGAUGGUGGGUCUUCUUCCAACAAGAAUGGAGAGGCUAAGAGCAAAACUGUGUCCAUUCAUAUAAAUGUUUGCCUUGAAGGAAAUGUAUGCUAUUACAAUGAUACCUGUCAAAAUCAGCUUCUGUGCUGAUUAGUAGAACUUAAGUGGCUACAGUUUGGCCGUCCAACUAGAACCUGCAGUAAUACAACCUUCUGGAAAAAAAAAAAGAGCUCUCCAACUCAGUAGCUCACCCACACUAAUGGUGUAAACCUUAAAUGUUAAGUGAACGUCCAGCUGAUGCUUUGUAUUGCUUGUCCUGUAUAUAAAUACAAACCCUUUCUCCCUUUAGUUUUUUCCUUUGACUUGGGAUCUAAGUGUAGUGCUGUACAAAAAUGGUUUCUUCUGAGACUCUAUUGCUCUGGGAAAAUUUUUCUAAGAAACUUGAGGCAUGUUCUUCCACCUAGAAAACAUUUUAUCUCUUCUAACCUUUGUCCCCAGAAAACCCUAUGCACACAAAGGGAAUUUUAUUUUCAAUAUUUAUUUUGUGAUGCCUGAUGGUUUUUUUUCUGUGUUAAUUAAAAUGUAACUGAUAGAGGCUCAAUAAAUGUGUAGCUUGGCUAAAUGUUUUUCAGAGUCCUUAGAAUUCUGUUUCCUUUUGUGUUACUAAGAUAUAUAGUACAGCUUCUGCCAAAAUACGUAGUGAUGGAAGUGUUUAUGAGCAUCUGAAGUGCCAGAAUGCUGAGCAAGAAAGCAACCAGCUUUGUGGAUGGAGGUGGGAGGGCAAACCCUGCUCUUAAUACUUCUAUAGUGAACUGAUGGGGUAGAGGUACUAUGAUAUAGUGCUCCAGCAGAUGCUAAAUAACACUUAAAGGCCUGAGAAGCCAUUAGUGCCUCCUCGUGUUGGUUGGAGUUUCAAGUGAAAGAACUGGUUUCUUAUGCGGGGAGAGGGGGGGGGAAGGAAAAAACAAAACAAAACAAAAAAAAAAACAAGAAGAAAAAGGAGGAGGGGUGAAGGUGGAGCGUAUGCAAGCAAGAAAGUACAUCUUGUACAUGCGGUCAGAAUGUCUAGUUUGCAGAAUACUGCAUAGAACUGGCUGGCUGACUGCUAACCACAAACAGGCCAACGAAUGGGUCCUGGAAAUGAGAGAUGGCAAAACUCAGAACUAGAGCACCUAUUUGCAUGCAUACAGAAUAAGGGAGAGUGUGUGUGAAUGUGUGUGCAUUGUUCAUUUUCCUAACUAAGUGUCUAAUCAGCCUUUAAGAGUUUCCGUUCUCAGUGCUUUAAUUCAGUUUUUCCCUUAGCCUGGUAGUAGGACAGCCCACAGUUUCUUAAAAACUGCAGUACAACCAUAAAGCAGUGAGGUUUUUAAGACACCCACGUUUGUGCUGAACGCGUAUCAAGCAUAAGAUCUCCAAAACAUGGAGGCUGCAACUUCGGCGUCCUCUUCAAACAAUGCGUAACACUCACUAGAGAAUGCCCUGAAGCAGUCCUGUGAAGCACCAUCUACCAAUGCUGCCAUCCCUGAGGCCGAGUCCCGUGGAGCCUUGCAAUUAGAGGACUGCUAUGUUGAAAUCAAGUGCAUAAAAUUGUGGCUGGAAGCAUUUGUCAACUUAUUCCUCUUAAAUUGCAACAUUUUAGCUUACUUCAGAGCUUGUCAGGAAUGACUAAUGCAGAUUUUUAAAUUCCUUAUAAAAAGUGUGUUAUGCACUUGCUAGUAACUGUUGCAAAGUGCUUGCUGGCACUUUCACAUUUUGCAGUUUGGCUGAUGCUGCACACCUCUUCCUCAUCCCAGCCAGGCCUGUGGGCACGCAGUGUUUUCCUAGUGAGAACCAUUUGCCUGCCUGCCCUUUUCCAAAACCUUCUGAUGGUGUCUUUACAGCCAAAGAUGGGAGUGAUGCACUGGAGACAGUACAGAGAAGGAAUACCAUACAGAGUGUUUUUUUUUUCUCCAACAUGUCAGUGGUGUUGAGCAUUUGUAUAGAGAAGUGACUGAUAGCAAUGCAGUGCAUGAGUUUGGAGCAGCAGUAAUUGUUCAGGUGCUUCGUAGCAGUGCUUCAAUGUGUAAUGCUCAAGUUUUUGGCAUCUGGUAUGCACAAGAUAUUCUCUGUGUUCUUGUUGCUGUAAAAGAGACGUUGAGCAAUGAUGCAAGUGUUUACCUGUUAGAGCUGUUAAUAUAAUUUGCCUCUAAACAAAGAGGAAUUGGAUGAGUGACUCUGUGAGAGUGUGAUGGAGGGAGAGGACUAUGAGUGCUUGCAUUGGAGAGCCUGAAGAUCCACAGCGGAAAUAUAUGGGGUGAAAAGAAGGAACAGUGAAAUGAUUUCCUGUAAGUGGACUGACUGGGAUAGGGAAGAAGAACCAGCAGUUCCCAGGUGUGUUCUCAGGACCCAAGGUUGGGUCCAUCCCUCAGUCAGUGCUUUUGAUGGUGGUAAGAAUUGCCGGUGGAAAGAAGUCGUUGGCGGCUUCCUGUGGGUCAUCAGCUGUGCUCAGUGCUGAUGCAGUUGUGGCUUUUGAGCAAUGAUCUCUGUCCUCUAUCAUGGGAAAAAACAGAGAACUGUUCCUCUGUGCGAUCUAGAUGGCAGCAAAUGUUAGAUUUCUACACAGUGCACGUGAGCUGUAAUGAUUUCUUGUGAGUUCUGAAUCUUAUCUUCACGGGCCAGGUCCUGAUACUGCCCUCAGAGGCCAGAGGCACAGCACGAGAGGCAGAGAUGCCAUGUGUUGCAUGGGCCGUGUGCUCAGCAUCUCAGGUGCUGGGCUGAGGAUCCAUCCCAGAUCCAGGCUGGACUCAGAAAUCCCCACAGUGACCCAAAUCUACCUCCUGGACUCACCAGCUCUUUGUUAUUUGUCCCAGAUCCCACCCUGGCAAUGGGAAGAAACCUCUCCUGCCUUACCAAAGAAUAAGAUGUGCAAAAGCGCACAUUCCAUAUGUUCCACUCUGCUGCCAUUCAUAGAAUGGUUUCAGUUGGAAGGGGACUCUUAAAGGCCAUCUGCUCCAACUGUCCUGCAAUGAACAGGGAGUCCUACAGCUCCAUCAGGAACUCAGAGCUCUGUCCAGCCUGACCUUGGGUGUUUCCAGGGAUGGGGCACCCAUUACAUGUCUGAGCAAUCUGUAGCAGUGCCUCACCGCCCUUACUGUAAAACUUUUUCCUCAUACGUAAUCUGUAUUUGCUUUCCCCUCAAUCCUUGCUCACUGCAUGACCUUUCUUUUCCCUUCUGGGGCCAUUCAUCUCCUCUUAGCCCCUUAGUGCUGAGCAGCACAGGCACAGCCUGUCUGUAGCAGCCCAUGCCCAGAGCAGGGACCCACAAGAGCACACUGAUAUCUGUGUGUAGAUAACAGCCUGGCUCAUGGGAACAGGGACCUGACAACAGCUGCGGUCUAUCUGAUUUCUGAGCAGUUAUGAAAGAGGAACUUCUUUAUUGAGACCCCGUCUGGAUGGGUGAUGCCUUGCCCCUGCACCUGGGCAUCACAGGGCUGCUGAGAGGGAAUUUUCCUGAGUGAAAUUCCCUAUUGUCAGUGGCAGGAUGGAUAUCCCCAUGCCGAGCAUGACACGGUCCUAGCAUGGUAAUGUUACUAAAUUGCACUCCUGAAACAAACUGGGAGAUGAAAACAGCCCCGAGAGGUAUAACCAAGGAACGCUUCAUCACUUGAGAUGUUUGUUCUCUGCUUAGGGACUGCUUCCAGGCAUUUCGGUCCUCUCAGGAGGAUCCCAGGUGUCUGUGCGAGAGGUUGGAGCUGCAGCAGCCCCCUCCUUCUCCCUGCCCCCAUAUUAAUGCCUUAGAAAAAUGCAAAGCUCUUAAUCUGCUUUACACAGGAUGGGAAAGCAGCAGCAGUGCUUCAGCACAGCAGUGGCAAGAAACGCGCUCUUCAACACCGAUAGCCUUACAAUGAUGUGUUUCAAAGUUAUUGUUCUGAUACAGUGCAACCUGUGUGCUGUUCCUCAGCCCACACGGGGACUGUGACCACGGAAAGGCAGAGGUGUGACAGCAGGGACCACUUCCGCACCCGCAGCACUGUUUGCUGCUGAGCACAGCCUCACUAAAAAAAAAGAGAGGAAAAAAGAGAGUUGACGCUAAAAAUACAAAGCAGAGAAGUCACUACUAACAACUGCUGCAUGCAAGUUGAUCUCCACGUGGUGUUUGGAGUCUCCUGUUCUUUCCUGCUGAGAAAAAAAACACAAAAACACCUAAUAAAUGGUGAGGAUGCUCAGCCCCUUGUCUCACUGUGGAUCCACGGGGAGCACGAGGUGGGUGCAGGGAAAGUCACUGCUCACCAGAAGCACCGCCAGGAUCUCGGUAGCCUUUCCGCCAUGAAAAACUGCUCCACCACCCGGCUGACACUGCUGGCCGUGGUACCGCGGGGCCGGGCCCCGCAUCGCUCCUCGGUUAACCUGCUGGAAGUGGGAUGAAUAAGAAAACCCUACUGCUGCCGUAGCCGUCUUGUGCCUAGCUUAUUCUUGGCUAAACUCGAGCCCGGAUGGUUGAAUCCCAGUGAAAAAACUGCCCCCGCAAAAAAACACAGUGUGGAGGAAAGAGCAGCAGGCAGAGAUGUGCACCUGGAGGGUUCGCCUUGGGUUUGCCUAUCCCCGCAGCCAGCACCAGAGUGGAGAUUUCGGUGCUGGGUGGGAGACUGGGGAGCUGGAGCGCUGGGCUUUUCCGCAGAUGUCUCACUUCAGUCAAUCAGGAAAUGGUGACGCAGGUUAUGGGUUGGGUUUGAGGUUUUGGAAACCUUGUCUAAAAGUCAGUUUCCUUGCACUGCCUCGUUUCUGAAGCGCGAGGCCGUGGUGGAGGCUGGCAAGGAGCGGAGGAGCGCCGGCCAACAUGCAGCUCCCGGUCAGAUGUAGCAGGAGGAUUUUCCUGGCUGUUUGUGUAAUCCUCUUUGUGGGAUGCACAGUGCAAGGUGCCCCCGCGCAGAGGGCGCGGUACAAGCGGGUGCGGUGCCGGCCCGACGCCUGGAGCCCCAACUGCGUGGAGGAGACGGGGCCGUGGUUCCAGCUGCCCGACGGAGCGGCCAACAGGAUCCUGCCGCCCCUGGCCAACCCUGCCCUGAUGAAGACGUACCAGGAGCUGGGCGACGCCUUCCCGCUCUCCGAGGAGCAGUCGGGCUCGGGCUGGGACGCGGCGCUGGAGAUGGCCUCAGGCUCCGGAGCUGAGGUCUUUCCCGUUGUCGGGGCCGCCCGCCGCCCGGAGCUGCCGGCGGAGCUGGGGCAGCGGCUGCAGGAGGAGGCCCUGCUGCCGUAGCGCCUCGGCGCCGUGACGGACCGUCCCCAACCCGUCCCCGGCUCAAUAAAACCGCUGCCUUACGACCCUC